AGGCUCGGUAGAUCGACUCACAGUAUCGUGUGAAGAUCCUAUAUUGCAACAGGCGUAGCUACGAGUUUUAUUAUUUCCGGUGUUUUUCAUCCUAAAUUCCUAAGUCUAAGGCUAAGGACAACCAUCGCGACAUAAAUUUCACGAAUAUCCAUCUCUUCUUGCUUCUGUAGAAAUUGCACACUAUGGCGAAGCCAGCUCCGAGCAAAAUGAAGAAGCGCGCCGCUCCUUCCGACGCCGGGGCUAUUUCCGCUACCGCCAAGCGAGUGAAGCAAGAGAGUACCGACAACAACAGCAGCACAACCACGGCUGUGCAAGACGAAGAAGACAACCACACAACUACAGCGGAGCAGACGCCCACCGCCAGCGGAAACAAGAACACGCCAAACAAGGACAAUAAAUCCACCGAAGAGACGAAGGACAAUAAAUCGGAGAAGAAAAAGUCUGGUUUUCUAUAUGAAUUGAACUUAAAGUACAAUGAGCUGCAGAACAGCAAAAAGCCGCGCAACACGGAGCGCCUCGUGACGGACAUGAUAAAGAUGGUGGAGAAAAAGUCCAACAUGCCCAAGAUCCAGCUGGGCACCAGCAGCGACGGCAGCCGGUGCCUGCAGGCCAUGUUGAAGCACGGCACCCGGAACCAACGGACCAAAAUUCUGGACUUUUUUGUCAACGAGAUCCCGGACCUGAUCUGCGGCCCCAGCGCGGGAGGAAUGCUGGUCGAGAAGAUUUUGCGGUACUGUCCGAAGGUCGAAACCGGAGACAACAGUGCUGAUAGUACAACAACGAACAAAAAUGCAUCCUUUUCCAAGCCGCAGCCGAUGUCUUUAACCGCGAAAAAGGAGCAGGAGAAGAUCAUCGAGAAGAUUUUGAAGCCUAUCAUAUGUAAAAACGUCCCCACGCCAUAGUUGUAAUGCAAGAACGCAGGCGGCAAAUGUUUCUCAUGCGGAGACCCUUGAGAAGCAAUUCCCAAUCGUGUUUUGAAAUUUGUAAUGCUCCAAUCAGCAUAGUAGGUCAGAUUUGUGAUGCUUCUGAACGAGCUAAACAGCACUACACUACGAGGCCAAACUUGUCAUGCGCAGCAACCUAAGUUCGUAGAUUUGUCUAGCAGAUUUCCCAUGUUGACUAUGGGGUGUGGACGUUUUUACUCAGGAUAAAGCCGUUAUUGGACCUGAACGAGAACAAGUUCUCCAAACUCUUCUUCCACAAAUUCGGCUGCAAGUGCUUUUCCAACCUGUACAACUGCGCGUUUCUGAACCAGAAGACGAAAAACCUGUUACUCAACAAGGUUCUCGUCCCGCGCCAGAUCUCGCUGCUGCAGAUGAACAAGGAAACCUACAACUGCAACGCGAAGCUGAGCACGCAGGUGACGGCGAUGGAAACGGAGGUUCUGAAGCAACAUUUGGUACCCCAUUUGUCCGAACUCGUGGAUAAGUGCACAGACAAGGAACUCUGGGACCAGCCGAUCACCCACGGCAUUCUCGCCCUCUUCCUGCAGGUUCUACUGCUGGUGGGGGAGAAAGAACUGGAACAAAAAGAUGACAAAGCAGGAGAUCAAGAACAGAAUCAAAAAUACGCUAUGCUCCGGCAAUUUAUCGAUUCCGAGCGUUUCCCGAUCGACGCCGUGCCACAUUUACUGCAGACGAAGUUCGGCAGCGAGGCCCUGUGCAAGAUGCUGGGCUUCUACUCCGCGAAACAGAAGAAGCAGGUUUUGAAAUUAUUCAAGGGCAAAUUCAAGGACAUGGCACAAAACAACGUGUGCUACCUGAUCGUGCUGCGACUGUUACUGACUCUGGACGACACGGUUUUGGCGCAAAAGCAGAUUCUCGCCGAGAUCCUCACAAAUGGCGGUGGUGGAGAAAAAUCUUCCACUUCAACGGACGACGUGUCUCUUGCCUCCCUGCUGCAGGACAACAACUACGUGAAAAAGAUCCUCUACGCCUGCGUUUUGCCCGCGACAACUCUACGCUUCAGUCCAUACGAGAUGGAACAUUGCAUCAGCCUGCCCGCUAUGGAUUGCACAAAUGUCUGGGUCUGGAAGAUUCUGAGACUUGUCAUGCAUGUUUUGCAUGACCCAUAUGAUCUGUAAUGGAGUACGUAGCAUGACACAUUCCGUGAGAUCACUAUCAUGCCUAUCCUGCAUGACAAACUGCCUCUCAACUUGAUCAAAAGUGGACAGCAUUUGGUAAUCAUGCAACACAGAUUUUUGCAUGAUUCUGAUUUAGCAUGACAAGUUCCAACCUUCCAGACCCAGACACUUUUGCAAUCCAUACCCGCCCCCAGCUCGUUGAAGGAUCCGGAGAAGCGCAGGCUGGAGUUGAAGAAGUACGCCGCACCACUGCUACAAAAAACGAUCGAGCAGUGCGGCGGCUACUCCAACGCGCUGCAGCACCGCAUUUUGGCGGACAUUGCGGGGUGUUUUUUGAGGGAAAACGAGGACGAGUUAUGCAAGAAGUUGUUCUCCGAGGAAGAAUCCCAGGUGAAAUCCUUGCUGAUGGACAGCUCGGCGGGGCUACCGAUUUUGUUAGCGCUGCUGAAGGAGUCCAAGGUGCUGGCGGAAGCACUCUACGCCUAUGUCGAGGACCAGGGAGAAGGGUUCUUCAAGGAAAUGGUACGACUGUUUAUAAAAAAUUUUAGUACGUAGACGUGUUUGAAUUAUUAGAAGAACUGGCGCUCUUGUUGUUCAAGAGCUUCAGUCUUGUUUAUUGACUUUGAGAAACGACGACGACCCGAGGCAGAGGACAGCGAUCAUGAUAAAAAAGCAAAACGCAAAAAUCUUCACCAAAAAAUUAUCAGGUUCUUUCGCCGCGAGUGUACCUGCUCAUUGAAGCGUACAAAACCAGCCAGAACGAGCUUUUGCGAGCAGCGGCCGUUGCCCUCAAGAAGCCGAUACAAAAUGCGGAGAAGGAGGGGAAAAAGGUCAAGGGCGCGAAGAUCUUGCUGGAAGUUGUGGAGGGGGGGCAGAAAUGAUGAAGAGCUUCUUGAGUUGUUUUGAUGCAAUUUUUAUUCACUCAUCAGGCAGUAUCGCCGGCUGUGGUUUUCCACAACCGCCAAACAGGAAAAGGACAUGAAUGUAAAAGAAUGGAAACUGCAGAUUGACACCGAAUAAAUUGCUUCUCAAAGCCAAGCUUUAUAAUAGAGUAUUUUAUAGGCAAGGGAGUGAAACUUCGAAGGGAGUCAAGGGAGCCAAGGGAGGAAGAUAAAACUUGUACAAAUUGCCUCCCCUAAAAUCAUCGCAAAAAUCCAUGCUAUGGGCGCAUUUACCGGCCACCGGUUUGGGCCCUGCUGCCCCCCCCGCUGCGGCCCCAGUUUUGGCCGCGUUUAGGCUUUGGCUCGCUGCCGAAGGUCCUGGCCUCUUGAAGAAGGUGAGGGCUUCUAGAGUAGCCCCCGUAAACAGAAGUCGCCGGGGCGGCCUGGCCUCUGCCUGGCAACAUAGAGCGUGGAGCCGAAGGACCGCGUAAACUGUUGCCGUGGCCAUGUCAAGUUUCCGCUGUCCAGGGGAAGUUGAGGCAGCCACCUCAGCAAUUUGCUUAUCGAGAUCUUUCGCGCGAGGUUCUGCGUGACCAGAUUCAACGUCAUGCCGAGCAGAGAAUACGAAUGAAGUGGAAAUGUUGCAGCGGCCACUUCGACUUUCUUCAAUCGGGAAAGAGUUGCAGCGGCCGUCGGAGCGCGCCGCAAGUGUGAGGCCCACACGCGUAGCAUAUGCAGCCUGCUUCGCAUUGAUGCUUCGCAACAUUCCCACAUGUGGGCGUAUGUCCUACAUGUUGCACGUGCCUCGCCGCGCGCGCGCGCAGCGCGCGGCCCGAAAAAUUUUUGUGGUGUGCGCACACAUGUCGACUCGCGCGCGCGCAGCGCGCGCCGCGAAAAAUUUUUGCUAUAUGGCCAUCGCAUUGGCGCGCGCGACUGCUUUUUUAACUUACUCCCUUGACUCCCUUGAAAAGUUGCGCUGUACUCCCUUGGCUGGCGCCAGACACUAAUAAACCUAUUAUAAUUCCGAAAUGCAUUCAGUAUUUUAUCGCGUAUCUUUCUACAAGGACAUCUUCGUUCGUGCUGUUGUGGCGCGCAAGAAGACGUUGUAAAAAUGUUGUUGAUGAAGUAGCCGCA